GGGCAGGCAUGCGUGUGUGUGAGAGUGUGAGUGCGAGGGAGGCCGGCCCUUAGUGUAACCGGAGCUACAAAGAAGGGAGACAGGGAGAGUCGAGAAGAGGGAGGAGGAGGAGGAGGAGGCGGCGCCGGGGGCAUCUCCAACACCCUCCCCCUUGGAACCAGCCACAUCAAACCGGCCUCGGCCACCGGGACCCCGGGCCGGCCCCCACCCCCUCCCCUCCGCCCGUGCCCACCCGGGAUGAUGAAGAAGAACAAUUCCACCAAGAGGGGGCCCCAGGAUGGAAACCAUCAGUCCGCACUGCCUGAAAAGGUCGGCUGGGUGCGGAAAUUCUGUGGGAAAGGGAUUUUUAGGGAGAUCUGGAAAAACCGCUACGUGGUGUUGAAGGGGGACCAACUCUACAUCUCUGAGAAGGAGAUAAAAGAUGAGAAAAAUGUCCAGGAAGUAUUUGACCUGAGCGACUAUGAGAAAUGCGAGGAGCUUCGGAAAUCCAAGAGCCGGAGCAAGAAGAAUCACAGCAAGUUUACCCUGGCACACUCCAAACAGCCUGGGAAUAUGGCACCCAACCUGAUCUUCCUGGCAGUGAGUCCGGAGGAGAAGGAGUCUUGGAUUAACGCCCUCAGUUCUGCCAUCACUCGAGCCAAGAACCGAAUCCUGGAUGAGGUCACUGUUGAAGAGGACAGCUUCCUUGCCCAUCCCACCCGUGACAGAGCGAAGAUCCAGCACUCUCGACGUCCCCCAACCCGGGGACACCUAAUGGCUGUGGCCUCGACCUCUACCUCGGAUGGAAUGUUGACCUUGGACCUGAUCCAGGAGGAAGACCCUUCCCCGGAGGACCCCACUUCUUGUGCAGAGAGCUUCAGGGUGGACCUGGACAAAUCUAUGGCCCAGCUGGCAGAAGGCAGGAGACGUGCAGACUCAGACCGGAUCCAUCCUCCCUUGGACCGGGGCCGCAGCUUUCCCCGGCCUUGGGAGAAGCCGGAGAAGGGGGCCCCCUACACUCCCCAGGCCCCCAAGAAGCAGACGCCUUCGGAGAAAGGCCGGUGCGCUUCCUUGGAAGAAAUCUUGUCGCAGCGGGAUGCUGCCCCAGCCCACGGCCCGCUCCAGCCCGAGGAGCACUCCACCCCCACCCCGCCUCCCCCCGGACAGCUGUCUCGGAUCCAGGACCUAGUAGCAAGGAAACUGGAGAAGACGCAGGAGCUGCUGGCGGAGGUGCAGGGGCUGGGGGAUGGGAAACGAAAGGCCAAGGACCCUCCGCGCUCUCCCCCUGACUCUGAGUCAGAACAGCUCCUGCUGGAGACUGAGCGACUGCUCGGGGAAGCGUCCUCCAACUGGAGCCAGGCAAAGAAAGUACUGCAGGAGGUGAGGGAGCUGAGGGACCUGUACAGGCAGAUGGACCUUCAGAGCCCAGACUCCCAGCUCAGACACACCACUCAGCACAGCCAGUACCGCAAGAGCCUGAUGUGAGGGAGCGGGGAAGCGGCUCCGAGGCGCGCUUCAGGGGAUGGACGGGCGGACGCUGGGAGAGGGCUUGUUAAGUUUCGUUUUGUUUUUUUAAUUUACCGCAAUCCAAAAAGAAAAGCAAAAAACAA